UGGAAGCUGCAAGAGCACACACACAUACACACAAAUACAGCAGCAGCAGGCUAUUUUGUUCUGCCUUGAUGUCUGCUGUAUAAACUUGAUUAUUUAUCCCUUUAUCUAUUUUAUUAAUCAUUUUUCCCAUGUAUUAUAACAUAAAUGAAUCAUAAUCUUUGAAUAAUGUUUCGUAAAAACAACAAGAACCCUCAUUUUCUUCAGAAACUAGCUAAUCGGGAGAUAAGUGGAAACUUUAUUAGACAGGGAAAAGCCAAUAUCCAAAACUCGCCUGCUUCCAAGCUAUUCAAAACUAUUCCGUCGAGAUGUGUAUACCAGUUGAACAGUGUCAUCGAUCUUCCAGGAAACCACGUGUUUAUGGGCACGACCCGUUGCGGGCAAUUUCUGCUGACCUAUUCGUUUAUAACACAUACGGCUCGCAGCACGCUGUCUCAACGCAACAAGUACCAACUGCACUGGUGGCUGUUUCGGCCAGGUGGCCGCGCGGCCAAAGUCGCCGAAGUGCAAUUGUUUGCAGACUAUGCGGUCACCAGCAUACUCACUAUUGGCAUUGCUCAGUGGCCGACCGUUAACGAACGGCUGGUGGUUUAUGGAUUCUGCAAUAAUGCGGAGGAUUAUCUGGAGGAAGACCACAGACGCUACUAUCUGACUAUAACGACGCUUCCUUCUCUUGACUGCAGAGAUUGUCUCACUGUGGCUGCCUCGUUCGACGAAGAAGACAUGGCAGCCAACUGGGACUCAUGCGUGAGCCUGUCAUGCCUGAAACACGGUCUGACCAUCCACUCUCUGUUCGACGUGACCCCGCCCUACCCCAAGUUCCACCUGGAUAUCAGUCUGAAGCUGAACAACAGCGUUGUCUUCAACACGGUCAACUUUCUGCACGUCCUCUCCUUCCACCUCGAGAACCCCAAACCCGACAACAAACCACCCACCAGCCAUCAGCACACCAUUGUCGCCGACGAAAUCAAUCACAGAGUGGGCCAAAUGAUGACAGUCAAGUACCCGAAAGAGUACGCCGUGCCCUACGACAUAAACAAGGCGUUCAAAAGCGCCAACCCGUUGGCCAAACUUGUCAUGAAGCAGACUCAACCCCUUCUACUCCCGCCUCCGGUUCCAACACAGCCGCAGCGAACUGCUUCCGUGAUGCACUCCAAAGAGAAAUCGUCGAGACAGUGGUGCAUCCGAAUUCCAAACCUGGCCAUGAAACCGGUUUCAAUACGGACCAAAGUUUGGAGGCGGAGCAUCAUUGAUCAAGCGGAAAAGGUUUAUGCGUUUGAGGAAUCGGAAGAUGGCGGUUGUGAGCCGAAAUUAAAAUGGUACCGCCGUAAACGUCUGGCCGACAAAAUGUACGAAUUUUGCAGCGAUGAAGACGACGAAGACAUGGAAAAUAUUCGACCGCCCGACAAAUGCGGCUCAAAACUCCCGCGCUACAAAUAUCUGACGCCGCCGAAAGUCGGCUCCAAUGAUACGCAACAUCCGGCCAAACGACACGCGUUGCACGCUACGGACAGUGCCGCUCCGUUCGCCAAGAUGAUACGCAACAUCGGUAAUAGUGAUAACAGUGAUACGCGUUUCAUGAUACCGAACGUGGACUCUUGCAAACGAUUCCUUCACAACACACAAUGGAAGACUGAUUUGGAUAGCGAGAUUAGAAAUGAAACUAACAACGAUGCUGCAAGUGAUUGUAGUGCGAAAUCGAAUAGUUGUAGUGUAGAUGAGACUUGUUGUGAUAUACAGCUCCGAAACAUGGAUACUGUUAACACUCCUCCAACAAAUGUUCCAAAACUAGAAAGCUCUGAUGAGCUCAGUAGUGUUAUAAAUCAGCCAGACAUGACUAGUACUGAAUCAAAUUCCAGGAUAGACCAGCCCUGUUUUAAAAUACCCCAGCAAGACAUGGAUAUUUCUAAAUCAAAUUCCAAGUUAGACCCAACCACUUGUGAUAUACAUCAGCAAAACAUAGAUGAACCUCUUUCAAAUAAUAAUACACCAACAUUGAAUGAGAUCAGUGAUUGUGACACAGAAACCUUGAAAACAAUCUCCAGUCCAGUUGAGACCAGUUGUGAUCUACAGCACAGAAACAUGGAUAAACCUCUUUCUAUCAAUAAUACACCAACAUUGAAUGAGAUCAGUGAUUGUGGCCCAGAAACCUUGAAAACCAACUCCAGUCCAGUUGAGACCAGAUGUGAUAUACAGCAAAGAAACAUGGAUAAACCUGUCACAAUACAAAUUCCUCCUAUAGACCUUCCAUUUUGUGUCACCAGUGAAAAGAAGUCGGAACCAUUAUUGAAGGAGCCUGUAUUUUUGUGUCCAGCUGCUGUGAGUUUUCAGAAAAUUGUGAAAAUUGAAACAGAUGUUGCCAGUUUGCUUGAUACUGUGUCAAAAGUAUGUGAUGAUUCAGUUGAUACUGUGGUAGAUUCUACUCCAGUCAUCCAUGACACUUUAAAACUCAACUGUGAUAGUCAAAGUAUCUCCAGUUCAUGUGAUGUCUUAUCAAAUCCUUCUCCAGUUGAUACAGUUUCAAAUACUGUGGAGUUGGCUCAUGGUGCAAAGGAUGAUGUUGAUAUUGUAUCAAAUCAUCCAACAGAAAACAAUGACGUCAUGGAAACAGAAGUAAUCGACGACAAAAAUAUUUCUGUAUUAAAUCAUCCAACAGGAAACAGUUACAUCAUGGAAAUAGAAGUAAUCGACGACAAAAAUAUUUCUGUAUCAAAGUCAAACUCCCAAAUCAAUGAUAGUGAAACUGUUUGUUCGGUGUCAAAUGAUUUUGUAUCAAAUCCUCCCUUGAUACAUACUGAUACUUGCAACACUUCAAAUGAUACUGUAUCUUGCUCUUCCAGUGAUAUUUUUAACAGUUCCAAGACUUCCGUAUCUGAAUCUUCCUUGACAAAAAAUGACAAACGUUUGGUAGAAACUGUAUCAAAUAUUUCUGUAGCAAACAUUGAUAUUGUAUCAAAUUCUUCUCCAAUGAAUGUUGAUGUCUCCCCAACAAAGUCUGAUACAGUAUCAAAUUCUUCCUCAACAAAAGCUGAUAUUGUAUCAAAUACGCCAUUAACGGAUACAGAAGUGGUAACAAAUUCUACCUCAAUGAAAACUGAUACAAAUUAUUCUUCCCAAAACUGUGAUACUGUAUUAACUCAUCCAUCAAUGAACUGUGAUACGGAAUCAAAUCCUCAAUCUACAAACGCCGAUACUGUAUCAAAGAUCACUGAUACUGUAUCAGAUUCUUCUGCAGUGAACUGUAAUACGGAAUCAAAUCCUCAAUCUAUGAACACCGAUACUGCAUCAAAGAUCACAGAUACUGUAUCAAAUCCUCAAUCUAUGAACACCGAUACUGCAUCAAAGAUCACAGAUACUGUAACAGAUUCUUCUACAAUGAACUGUAAUAUGGAAUCAAGUCCUCAAUCUAUGAACGCCGAUACUGUAUCAAAGAUCACCGAUAUUGUAUCAAAUUCUUCCGCAAUGAACUGUGAUACUGUAUCAAAUUCUUCUACAACGAAAAGUGAUACAGUAGCAAAUGAUUCCCCAACAAUUUCUGAUACUGUAUCAACUCCAGCAUCAAUGAAUUGCGAUACUGUAUCAAACACUUCCCCCAAAAAAUCUGAUUCUUUAUUAAGUGCUUCCUCUAAAUGCACACCUAAAGACAACCUGACCUCAUCAAUCUUUGUCUACAGUAGUCCUAGUGAUACUGUAUCAAAUCUGAAACCCCAAUUUGAUACAAGCAAUAUAAACCACGACGUUCGUGCCAUAAUAGCCGACUGGGAGGCUGAUUCCAUCUCAUCGAUGUCACCACAAUCUGAAUUCUCGUCUUCUGUAACCACAUGCAACUCACCGAAAGUUUUAGAUCUGGAAAUGUUGGGUGAAAACUGUAACGAGAGACACAUGGUGAUACAGAGGUUCCUCGAGAUACCACCGAGGUUCGGGAUUACAGGGAGGAAACCCACAUGCUCGCACCAACAUAGAUGUCCGAACAUAACCUCAAACGAUUCGGUUGUGAAAGUGUUCCAACAUUCUAAUGUAACUAGAUGUGUUCCCAUGAGGUUGUCCACUACCCACUUUCCGCCAAUCAAAAUUCGCGCCCUACAACCCCACAACCGAAUUCGUAGGAGUAAUUUCAAAUCUGACCUACUUUUGCUUUCGCCGCCACUCGCCUCCUGUGUGCGGCUAGACAAGGAGGAAGAUCUGAAGAGAAAGAAAGUGGUGUGUUGUGGUGGAGGGGGUGUGAAUAAGAAUGACGGAGAACGUAGGGGUUGUUUUAAGGGUGACCUGUUGCUUUCACCUCCGUUGAGAGAGGUUAAGGAGGAGAGGAAGAGGGGUGAGGGAGAGAGAUGGAGAGAGGGAUGGUGUGGAGGGGUGAACAAAAGUGAGGUUAGGACAAGUUUUCCUAAUAAAGGUGAGGUUAGGACAGGUUUUCCUAACAAAAGUGAGGUUAGGGGAGGAAUUCCAAACAAAACCGAGGUUAGACUCCCGAACAAAGGUGAGGUUAGGACAGGUUUCCCCAACAAAAGUGAGGUUAGAGUGGUGGGGGGUAGUUUCGAGGUGAAAUGGAGGCGAGAUGGAAACACCCCCGGCGAGUCUACAGAUCUGAAACGCAAGAAAAAAGAGGAUAACCUGGACGAAUUUGUGGAUAUCCUGGACAACAUUGUGGGUCGCCGCAUGAUAUCCGAUUGCUCCGUACAACUGGAUCGUCGGUUUAUCGAGGUCGACGAAGAGAUGAUAUCCACGAUCACUGAUAUCGAAGACGACGAUCAAGCGGUAGGGUUCCAUUGUGCGCUACCACUGCAUGUUCAUGGGUCAGCCUACGCACAGAUGCAGAUGGUCUCCAAUCACAAGGUGGACAAGUUGAAUGUGGACUGUGUGUUGGUGAGGCAGAACAGUUUGGACAUUGAACAGUUGUGCUCCAAGGCGGCUGAGGUGAUCUGCGAGUGUGAAGGCUUCAAGUUUUGGUUUUGCGACGACUAUGACACGGAGAUAGUUGAGAUCUGUCCGCUAGAUGGCAGUGUGCUGAUAGUGGUGUUCAUGCGGUUGAAUGUGGAGCAGGUGAACGUGGGUGUUGCCAGACCGGUGGUGGUUGAUCAGAGGCACUUCUACGAGUGCAAGUGUCUGUUUGUGUGGAGCACAGAACGGCAGGAGUGUUGGUUGGAGGCGUUUACGCAUUUGAGACCUGUGCCGCAAGACCGGGACCAGGUGGACGGAUGGAGUCCGGCAAGUAAGGAGGCCGAACGCAUGCGCCGGAGGGGUGAGACGGGGCUGUUUCACAUGCAGCCGACGCCGGCGAUUCGCGCAUUCGUGCAUCGGUUGUACGAUGAGGAUGAUAACCAGACUGAUUCGGCUCUAGAAGUCCAAGAUCCCACCAACCUAAUGCUGUUUCGCCUGUAUCCGGUCAACAGCAAUAUCACUAUUAAUAGCAAUCGCAUUGUGGUGCUCUGAUUGGACAAUUAGGCGAGCUGUGAUUGGUCAACGCAAGAAAUGGGGCUCUCUGAUUGGUCAAUGCAAGAACUGGAGCUCUGUGAAUGGUCAACGGUAGAACUGGAGCUCUCUGAUUGGAUGAUUUGU